UAUUAAAUGAAGAUAAAAAUCGAAUUCGCUCACUCAAUUUUGGGUCUGCUGAACUAUAUAUAUAUAUGCAUGUAUGUAAGGCAUUGAUGUAUGAUGUUGGCGAACUAUAAAACCAUUGGCCAUUCGGCGACUGGGCUCAUUUCGGCGGUGACGAGCCGCAAGUUUGCACAGUGAAAAAGGAGGACAUAUACCACAUAUACCAUUUACCAUAUACUAUCUAUCGAAAUGAUGGGCGAUCGUAGUUGGAAUCUGCUGCAAUAUGCCACAGAGAGGGCACCACUUCCGCUGGACGGAUACACCGCCGAGGAGGCGGCCCAGUUCAAGGACAGCAUCAGGCAGAAGAUCGUGGACGAUCUGAAGUCCAUGACGGGGGAGGAGCUCAUUGAACUGGUCAAGCGUAAUGCCGCCCAGGUGGAGGAGGAGAAGGCCGAAGUUCCGGUCAAGGAACCCCUAUCCGGCACCGAAGAGGGCAAGGAACGCAUUCAGGACGAUGCUGAUCUUAUAGAUGCCGGCAUUAUAGCCGAAAUGGUGGCCGGACUUUGCACCAAGAGCCAGAAGGAGACGUUCAUCAAGGUGAUAACGAAGUAUAUCAGCAAUCAGCGACGCCACUAUUCGAUGCGGCCCCAUCGGGAGCAGGAGCAACGCAAUGCGGAGGACGUUCUGUUCGACAUGUUUGCCAGUGAGGAGACAGGACUCAUCUCGAUGGGUAAAUUCCUGGCCGGGCUGAAGACCACUGGCAUUCGCCGGAGCGAUCCGAGAGUGCGAGAGCUAAUGGAUAAUUUGAAGAAAGUGCAUAAAUUAAAUAACUACGAGACGGGCUCUUCGGCCGAGACGCAGCAUCUCAAUCGCGAGACCUUCAAGGCUGUGGUGGCCCCCAAUAUUGUGCUGAUUGCCAAGGCUUUUCGGCAGCAGUUCGUGAUCCCCGACUUUACCAGUUUCGUCAAGGACAUCGAGGAUAUUUACCACCGCUGCAAGACCAACACUUUGGGCAAGUUGGCCGACUAUAUCCCGCAGCUGGCCAGGUACAACCCCGAUUCCUGGGGUCUCAGCAUCUGCACCAUCGAUGGCCAGCGCUUUUCCAUGGGCGACGUGGAGGUUCCGUUCACCCUCCAGAGUUGCAGCAAGCCACUCACCUACGCCAUUGCGCUGGAGAAGCUGGGUCCCAAGGUGGUGCACUCGUACGUGGGCCAGGAGCCCAGUGGCAGGAACUUCAAUGAGCUCGUCCUGGAUCAGAACAAGAAACCGCACAAUCCGAUGAUCAAUGCAGGUGCCAUUCUGACCUGUUCCCUGAUGAACGCUCUGGUGAAGCCGGACAUGACCUCCGCCGAGAUCUUCGACUACACCAUGUCCUGGUUCAAGCGGUUGUCCGGCGGGGAGUACAUCGGCUUCAACAAUGCCGUAUUCCUGUCCGAAAGAGAGGCUGCCGAUAGGAACUACGCUUUGGGAUUCUAUAUGCGGGAGAACAAGUGCUUCCCCAAGCGCACCAAUCUGAAGGAGGUGAUGGACUUCUACUUCCAGUGCUGCUCCAUGGAGACGAAUUGCGAGGCCAUGUCCGUGAUCGCAGCCAGUCUGGCCAAUGGCGGCAUCUGUCCCACCACCGAGGAGAAGGUGUUCCGGCCGGAGGUGAUCCGGGAUGUGCUCUCGAUCAUGCACUCCUGCGGCACCUACGACUAUUCCGGGCAGUUCGCCUUCAAGGUGGGACUGCCGGCCAAGUCCGGUGUGAGUGGGGGCAUGAUGCUGGUCAUUCCCAAUGUGAUGGGCAUCUUUGCCUGGUCGCCGCCUCUGGACCAUCUGGGCAACACGGUGCGGGGCCUGCAGUUCUGCGAGGAGCUGGUCUCCAUGUUCAAUUUCCAUCGCUACGACAACCUGAAGCAUCUGUCCAACAAGAAGGAUCCGCGGAAGCAUCGCUACGAGACGAAGGGUCUUUCGAUCGUCAAUCUGCUCUUCUCAGCGGCCAGCGGAGAUGUCACGGCCCUGCGUCGCCAUCGCCUGUCCGGGAUGGACAUCACCCUGGCGGACUACGAUGGCCGUACUGCCCUGCAUCUGGCCGCCUCCGAGGGCCAUCUGGAGUGCGUCAAGUUCCUGCUGGAACAGUGCCAUGUGCCCCACAACCCCAAGGAUCGUUGGGGCAACCUGCCCGUGGACGAGGCCGAGAACUUCGGCCACACCCAUGUGGUGGAGUUCUUGCGCUCCUGGGCCGAGAAGGCGGACCUGACCAGCGAGGAGUGCAAAACUGAGGCGGUGACCAGCACGACACAAGCGGACGAGGAAAUCUGCAGCACGAGCGACCUGGACACCAGUCCGGCCGCCAGUCCCAUUCCCACGCCCGUGGGCGGAUCGGGCCGGUCCAGUCCGGUGCCAUCGGAUGCGGGCAGCACGGCGAGCGCCGGGAGCGGCAGCAGCAUCGACGACAAAACCAAGCCGGGGCUAUAAGCAUCCGGAGACCCGAAAGUCAAGAUGCGCAGGAUACCCGCAGAAUCUCUCCGACUAAAUUAUUCGCACAACCUUUUAGUUUAUAUAUACGACGUAUUAGAUUAAACUUAAGUGUACACAUGUAUAUCCCCAGUUCGCACUGGUCGGUUAGUCCUAUAUAAUUUGUAGCUGUCAUCCCAUGUGCUAGCUUUGGUCCUUCGAUCAGGAUCAACUGCACGAGCGGCAUUUGUACUUGUAGUGCUUAGUUAGUCUCAAAUAAUCCUUUACGAAACAAUGACAAUAAUCGUAACAGAAAUCUACUAACCCACAAAAUGGGGUCUGUGACCCGCCUAAAUGUAUUUUGCAUUCGUACUUGUCAAUUGAUAUUUGUAUGCGUUUGUAAGUGUAUUAACUAUCCUGUUCCAAAAAGCUAUGUCGAGCUAUGUGCAGACAUACUUGAUUGCAGUUAAAUAUAUAGUUAGCUAAAACAAC